AUGGUGCUUUACUUCAAAGAGGACUUGGUGUCCAAUUGGUUGCAAUGCAAUCAGGUAAACAUAUUGACCACUCAUGCUUCAGAUCAAAUAAAAAUGUUACAAGCAUCUGUUUUGCCCAAAUUAUUCUUUCCCAUUCUUGAAACUGAAUCUGAAGUUGAAGGCAAAGGGAAAAUGGCUCAUUUCCAUGACUAUAAAAAGAAUGAUGAGGUGGAGCUUGUCCGAACUGGCUAUGGGAAGGAUAUGGUAAAAAUUCUCCAUAUUCAGCGAGAUGGAAAAUAUCACAGCAUUAAAGAAGUGGCAACUUCAGUGCAACUUACUCUGAGAUCCAAAAAAGAUUACCUGCAUGGAGACAAUUCAGACCUCAUCCCUACCGACACCAUCAAGAACACAGUUCAUGUCCUGGCAAAGUUCAAAGGCAUCAAAAGCAUAGAAACGUUUGCUGUGAAUAUCUGUGAGCAUUUCCUUUCUUCUUUUAACCAUGUUAUUCGAGUUCAAGUCUAUGUGGAAGAAGUCCCUUGGAAACGUUUUGAAAAGAAUGGAGUUAAGCAUGUCCAUGCAUUUAUUCAUACUCCCACUGGAACGCACUUCUGUGAGGUUGAACAGUUGAGGAGUGGACCUCCAGUCAUUAAUUCUGGAAUCAAAGACCUCAAAGUCUUGAAAACAACCCAGUCCGGAUUUGAAGGAUUCAUCAGGGACCAGUUCACCACCCUCCCUGAGGUGAAGGACCGGUGCUUUGCCACCCAAGUGUACUGCAAGUGGCGCUACCACCAGGGCAGAGACGUGGACUUUGAGGCCACCUGGGACACUAUUAGGGACGUUGUCCUGAAGAAAUUUGUUGGACCCUAUGACAAAGGCGAGUACUCGCCCUCUAUCCAGAAGACCCUCUAUGACAUCCAGAUGCUCUCCCUGAGCCAAGUUCCUGAGAUAGAAACUAUGGAAAUCAGCCUGCCAAACAUUCACUACUUUAACAUAGACAUGUCCAAAAUGGGACUGAUCAACAGGGAAGAGGUCUUGCUACCAUUAGACCAUCCAUAUGGCAGAAUUACUGGUACAGUCAAGAGGAAGCUGACUUCAAAGCUGUAACAUUGUGGCCACCAGUGGGAGUCCAUUCUCAGUUGAGGCAUUCCUUAAGCCACUUGUGAUGCUGGAAAUCAUAGUGUGUAGCCAUGCAAAAUUUCAACCUAGUAUGUUGAUUUAUAGUGUUCAU